AUGGCGACCCCGCCGGCCACAACCAUGGCGAAUUUUCUUCCAGGGCUGGCCCUGUUCAACGCUAGGAGGGUCAGCGCUCACGAGAAUGUCAAGAACAGGGUCCGUCGUGCCCUCCGCCGUACCCAGAGCCAGCAGCUUCCAGAGAGCCGGCAGCAGCCACCAAGCAGCAAGAACCCGACAGCCCAGUCGUUGACGAAUUCGUUGCUUCCAAAGAGUGAGCGGCCUCAGGCUGAGAGUGUUGGAAUUCUGAGAGGCAUCUUAGGGGUCUGCAUCGAGCCGAUCUCUGUACUAUUGGUGGCGCUUCCGUUCGGGGUUGCAUCUAGCCUCUACGGAUGGGGUCACACUUGGACGUUCACACUGAACUUUAUAGCCCUUAUCCCACUCGCACAGAUACUUGGGAACGCAACAGAGGAGCUGGCUGAAGGAUUGCAGAAUGACACGCUGGGCGGGCUGUUGAACGCUACGUUCGGCAACGCUGUGGAGAUGAUCCUAACUAUUCAGACGUUGAUGACGAAACAGUACAUAGUGGUGAAGGCUACCCUGCUUGGAAGUAUCCUUUCAAACUUGCUGCUCGUUCUGGGCUGCUCCAUAUUCGCAGGCGGCAUCAAAAGGAAGACGCAGACAUUUUCAAAGGAGGGCGCCUCUGCCAAUAUAUCACUGCUACUGCUCGCGGCCACGUCUCUCGCGCUCCCGGCGUGCUUCUUGAACAUCCCUGCAGUGGUGAAGGAGAACGCAGCCAGCGAUGGGGCGCUGUCGCUGGAGGUGUCCCGGGUGGUCUCGCUCAUUGUGCUCUGUUGCUACAUGGCCUUCCUGUUCUUCCAGUUUGUCACGCACACCGAGACAUUCAACAACGAGGAGGGCUCUGAGGAGGAUGACGGCAAGGGACCUUCGAUCAGACCCUGGUUGGCCCUGGUCCUGCUUGCCUUCACGACCGUACUCGUCGCCUUUUGCUCAGAGCUGCUGGUUGACUCGAUCGAGGGCAUCGUGACAGCAUGGGGGAUCCCGGAGCGCUUCAUAGGCAUGAUUCUGUUGCCCAUCGUCGGCAACGCUUGCGAGCAUUUCGGCGCCGUCAAGUUCGCCAUAAAGGACAAGAUGGAUGUCACCAUCGGCAUCGCCGUGGGCUCCGCGACGCAGAUGGCCCUGUUCGUGGUGCCUUUCGCGGUGCUCAUGGGCUGGGCCCUGCAGGUCCCCCCGAUCGACACUCCGAGUGGGCCCCGCGGUAUGGACCUGGACUUCGGCGGCCUCGACACGAUCAUCAUGUGCGCCUCCGUGCUGCUGGCGUUCUCGAUACUGAACGACGGCGAGAGCAACUGGCUCGAGGGGUUCAUGCUGAUCGCGGCGUACCUGAUCGUUGCCACAUUGUACUGGUGCUACCCGACCCAUGCGACGACGACCAUGACAACCACGAUGGCAACCACGCUGACGACCCAUGCGACGACGACACUGAAAACCACGAUGGCAACCACGCUGACAACCAUGAUAGGCUGA